CCAUGCCCUUGAUUAUUUUCGCAAAGGCGCGCUUUUCCCCGCCUUCAUUAUUUCAUUACGAGGGUUUGCACCCAAUAAGGUAACAACCCACACCUCCAUUUUACAUGCAAUCUCCAAUACUUUGAUCUUGCAUUCUCCAUCUUUUCCUUCUCGUCAUCUCACAAGCAAGGUUUGAUCUUUCUCUCUCCUUUUCUUGCUAUAUGUAUUCAGUCUUUAUUGUGUGUGUGUGUUUUUUUUAUAUACUUUUGAGAUUUUAUCUAAUAUUCAAUUCAUAAAUAAGCUCCAAAAACAUCAAAAAAAAUUUAUUCUGAAAAUUGGGUCAGAAAUUCUAGCACUAAAAGGUUUGUAUUUUAAUUAAUUUUAAGUGGGAUUUGGUGUUUUUUUUUGCUCAAUUACCUUUAUCGUAUCAAAAUACAGUGAUUUUCAUUACAUUCAUGUUAGAUAUUGGGAAAAUAUGUAUCCUUUAUAAAAAUUAAAAUUAAAUUGGAACUUACAGUUGACAAAAUAGAUAUUGAAUAUUGAAAUCAUAAUUUGUGGAGCGCAAAGCCGCAGACGCAAGAGAGCUUAAGGACAAGAAAGAUGGUGGAAAGUAUGAUUAGAGUUUUUAUGAGAUUGAGAUAAACUUAGUUUGGGAUGUUUUCUUGAAUGACCGAAAGUUGUCGAUGAUCAUUGAUCUUGCUGUCAACUAUAGAGUAUGAUAAGUGUGAUGCAGAGGAGGUAUGUUGAUGUUAUGGGUUGAUUGGAAAGUCAACUCCUAAAUACAAUUGUUAAUGGUUGUAGAAAGUAGUACUAAGGAACAUGAUGUAUAUCUAUACUUUGUGUUUAUUUCUUUUUGUUUUAUAGAAUAUUGUACUCUUUAUUUCUCUUUUACUAGAUAUAUGCAUAUUUAAUCAUGAUCUUUAAAUUUGCAUUGUUUUCAAUUGUUAAACAGUAAUGGCUCGAAUUCCUUUAAGUAAACAAAAGAAGAUUGCAGCGACUUGUAUUGUGAUAUAUAGGCAGAUUAUGGUCAUGGUUAUGGAGAUAAUACUUCAUCUCAUGUAUCUUCUUUCCGUUACAAACAUUAAAAUUCCUAAGCCUAUAUCAUUUGUGUUUGAUGAUUCACUUAAAGAGCGGUUGACAGCUAGAGUUCUAAAUAUUAGGCCAAUGAUCCAAGGGAGUGACAUAGCAUGCUUGGAUAACCUUAGAAUGGACAGAGCUUGUUUUUAUAAGUUAUGUGAGAUGCUUAGAGAUGUUGGUAAAUUGCAAGGAAAUAGGAAUACAAGUUUGGAAGAAAUGGUAGCUUUAUUUCUCUUCACGCUUUCUCAUGAUACAAAAAAUCGAAGAACUCAAUUACACUUUAGAAGAAGUGGCGAAACUGUUUCAAGGCAUUUCAAUUUAGUAUUACAAGCUCUUCUUAGAUGUCAUCAUAUCUUGCUGAAAAAGCCUACAGCAGUGACAGAAAACUGUCAAGAUGAUAGGUGGAAAUGGUUUAAAAAUUGCUUAGGCGCUUUGGAUGGAACACACUUUAAGGUUCGUGUAGGGGAUAAGGAUAAAGUUAGGUUCAGAAACAGAAAAGGAGAUCUUACUACAAAUGUCUUAGCUGCUUGUACGCGGGAUAUGCAAUUUAUAUAUUUAUUACCUGGUUGGGAGGGUUCGGCACAUGAUAAUAGAGUACUUCGUGAAGCCUUGUCUAGACAAAAUCCGUUAAGAGUUCCUCAAGAUGAGUCAACCUCAAAAUUCUCGUAGUAGCAAUACUACUAGAAACUUGUCAAGAUGGUCAGUUGCUGAGGAUCGUGCACUCAUUAUGGCCAUGACUGAUCUAUUGGAUAUUGGUGGUUGGAAAGCAGAUAAUGGUCAAUUCAAGAGUGGUGCUUAUGCUAAGUUAGAAGCUAUAAUGUUACAAAAAUGCCUGGGUGUGAGAAAAAAGCUAAGCCUCAUAUUGAAUCAAGAGUAAAACAUCUUAGGAAACAAUAUGAUGCUAUAACAGAAAUGCUUAGCCCAAGUGCUAGUGGUUUUGGGUGGAAUGAUGAAGAAAAGUUUGUUACAUGCCCCCAAGCAGUAUGGGAUGAAUGGAUCAAGAGCCAUAAAAAUGCAGCAGGGUUAAGGAACAAGCCUUUUCCUUUUUAUGAAGAGUUGGGGAAGAUUUGGGGCAAAGACAGAGCUAUUGGUAAUGAAUCUGGAACUGUGUACGAUGUUCUACAAGAAAUGGAGGAUGUAACAAGAGUCGGAGAAGAACACCAAGUUCCUGAUCUGAAUGCAGAGGAGAGUAAUUCACCUACUCAAUGUGAUCCAAUGGGACCUUCAUCCUCAACACCACAAUCAACAACUCCUUCAAGUAGUCGAACAAAGAGAGUAAGGACAGAAACAAUUGAAGCUUUAAAAGAAUUUUCUACCAAGAUUGGGAAAAUUAGUGAAGUCAUGGAAGCCGCUACGGAACACAUUGGACGACUUGCUAAUUGCUUUCAACAUGAAUCUGAUUCGGCUGAUAGAAGAAUGAAACUAACUACUGAGAUUAUGAAAAUGGAAGGCUUAUCUCCUAGUGAGGUACUUUUGGCAUCAAAGAAAAUUGCUCUUAAUCCUCUUGAGGUUGACUUCUUUUUCAGCCUACCAGACAACUUUAAAUAUGCUUAUGUCCAAGGACUUCUACUUCCGGACCAGUGAUAUAUUGAUGUGAGUACAAUAUCAGAUUUUUUUUGGGCUUUGUUGGAAUGGCUGGUGAUAGGAAAUUGCUAUGUUUUGUUUUGGCUAAUUUAUGAAUGGCUUGAUGUAGUUUUUUGGACAAGGAUGAGAUUGAGAUGGAUUUGUAGCUCUGGUAGUAUAACAUUUGGCUAAUAAAUUAGCAGGUUUUUGUUUA